AAUGCACAGGUGUCAAUUGUCAUCCAUGCGUAUGCGUAGUUCUUCUUUAUCUCUUCACAACAUUUUCUCUGCCGAAUAGAAUAUAGAUAGAGCGUGCAAGUUUAAGUGAUCGCGUGGUUUAUUUUAGUGUCUAACAAAGAGUAAUAACUGUGAAUAAAUUGUGAUCGCUAUGCAGGAUCAAGGCUCCGAUGAAGAGAGACAUGACCCUGGACCUGUAGACAACGCGUGGGCUAUGAAAAUACCCAAGUUUACUCCAGAAGAUAACCCCCACGGCCUGCUAGAAGAAAGCAAAUUUGCGACCUUGUUCCCUAAAUAUCGUGAGCAAUACCUUAAGGAAUGUUGGCCGCUAGUUCAAAAAGUAUUGAAAGUGCAUCAUAUAAUCGCCGAAUUAGACCUCAUCGAGGGAAGUUUGACUGUGAAAACUACAAGAAAAACUUGGGAUCCUUAUAUUAUUAUCAAAGCUCGCGACUUCAUGAAACUGUUGUCAAGAAGUGUUCCUUUCGAACAAGCGGUACGCGUUUUAGAAGAUGAAAUAGGAUGUGACAUAAUAAAAAUUAACUCCUUUGUAUGUAAGAAAGAGACAUUUUUAAAGCGACGACAGAGGUUAAUUGGACCCAAUGGAGUGACAUUGAAAUCAAUAGAACUUUUGACAGAAUGCUAUGUCCUUGUCCAAGGCAACACUGUCUCUGCUGUUGGCCCAUACAAAGGUUUAGUCCAAGUGAGGCGUAUCGUUGAAGAUACAAUGAAAAAUAUUCACCCCAUGUAUAACAUAAAAAGUUUGAUGAUCAAGAGAGAAUUGAUGAAAGAUCCAAAGUUGAAAAAUGAGAGUUGGGAUAGAUUUUUGCCGAAUUUCAAGAGUAAAAAUGUUCCUAGAAAACAACCUAAAAAGAAGGUCAAGAAGAAGCCAUACACACCGUUCCCACCCACACAGACUGAGAGUAAAAUUGACCGUGAAUUGGCGACCGGAGAAUACUUCCUCAAAGAUGAACAAAAGAAAGCAAAACGUCAGCAUGAGAAAGAAGAGAAACAAGCAGAAGUUAAGCGUGCUAGGGAUGUACAGAGACAGAAGGACUAUAUACCACCAGAAGAGAAAUUGCUUGAAACACAAUCUACUUCAACUGAAAACACUGUGGACAUUGGGAAAUUGAAAGCUAAAAUGAAAAAGUUUUCUAAACAACAUAGGGAGCUGAAAAACAAAAGUAAAGAACCCUGAUAGACAUGUAACAAAUAACAAUUAAUAAAUAAUGUGAAAGACUA